UCCCUAAAAGCUUACCUAUAAAAACCGAAACGCACACAAGCCCGCAGUGAUUGUUUUUGACUUCUGUGUUACUGAUCAAGGUGCAGUGGAUUCUAGACCACAGGACGUUCAUCAAACAGUCAUGAAAUCCUCAAUGCUGACCCUCGUCUGGAUAACAGCUCUAGUGUCAUUAGCUCAAACAGUGUUUGCUGAUGAUGUCAUUAUGCAGAAAAGGUAUUAUGAUGACGACACUGUGGAAGCUGAACCGAUCAGGAGAAAAAAACCUUUUUGUAACGCAUUUACAGGAUGCGGCCGUAAAAGGUCGGACGAAUCAAUGGCCACGCUAGUCGAACUCCGUUCGGAACCAGCUGUUGAAGAACUAAGCAGACAAAUACUGUCCGAAGCUAAACUCUGGGAGGCCAUUCAAGAAGCACGCCUUGAACUGUUACGCGACCAGAGGCACAGCAAAGUAAAUGACCGAAUGAAUAUGAAACCACUCCCGUUGUCUUUGAAGAGAAAACGUCGAUCGUCGUCAAUUAGUGACAAAUGUUAAGAUAUUCGUCGAUUCUGUGAAUUUCCUUUACUAAAAUAUCCUAUCAAUAUUGCAAUUACGUCCUAGUAAAAACUGUUUUAAAAAAACGCAUAAAGUAUAAACAAGUAAAUAUAUUCAACCUAGUUAUUGUGUUGUGGACAUUUUUAAGUAUACAGCGACAGGGAAUAAACACGUUUAUUAGUAUUUACAAUAAGUAUAAUUAAUAUAAAUUAUG